AUGUUUACGUCGGACUUUGAGCAGCUUGCCAUCAACACAUCAGACCACAGACCCAAAGUUUGGCUCCGAUAUGUGGACGAUACGUUCGUCAUCUGGCAGCAUGGGCAGGACAACCUCCAACUCUUUCUGGAACACCUCAACGGGCUUCACAGCAGCAUCCAAUUCACCAUGGAACAAGAACGUAAUGGCAACAUUUCGUUUCUUGAUGUUGAAGUGACCAGAAAGGAGGACGGCAGCCUAGCACGCACUGUCUACCACAAGCCUACCCACACGGAUAGGUAUCUCCACAGUACGUCCUUCUACCACCCCAAGAUCAAGUCGUCUGCCAACCGAGCCCUUGUCCGCUGGGCAUACAAAAUCUGCGACCAAAAAAAUCCUCGGCCAAGAACUCCACCACAUCACCGCGGCACUGCAACGUAA